UAAUACUCUUUGUGACGCGAUUUUAAUCAUUUUCCUGUGCUCAAAAUUAGCAAAUUCAAAUUACUCAUCAACAACACAUCUAAAGGAUAAGCCGUUUAUGCUUUCGCACAUUAAUAUUUAGAUAUAAUAAAUUUCACCAAAGCCAGCAUCUUGUAGUUUUUAAAAAUUAAUGAAAGCUUUUUAUUAAACACUAAAAGUGUAAAAGAGACAAGAUAUAUACUGGAUUUCUCCGUUCACUGCUCGCUUUUGCUUUGACGGCUUUGAGACAUGGUAACAUUGUUCUUAUCACAGUCAAAGAAAUUAUUAAAGUUUGUUACCUCUGCUCAGCACUUUUCGUGUGGGCUAUAAGCUAUAAGUCCCAAUAACUCUGCCGAGCGGAUAACAGGGGGCCCCGAGUGGCCGCAGAGGAGCUUGGGCCCAAUGUGGCCAUCUCUUUGCCUCCCCGCACCGAGGUCUUUUAUUGAAACGCCAGACUUUUGUCCCUAAAGCCACUGGAAAUGUGCGAAAACCAGCAAGUGCAAACAUGCUCCAACUCCAAGAUGAUAGUGGGCAAGUGGACAUCAAACCAGCAAAACCAAAAUUCGCAUCCGAUUUUCGGACCUUUGUCUACAAUCGAAAUGAGGGAAAAUACCUCGGCAGGACACCACUUAGUUGGGUUAAAGUUAUUCUGUUCUACUGCGUAUUUUACUUGCUCCUCUGUGGCUUCACCUUUGCUAUGUGGCGUGUUUUCAUGAGCAGCUACAUUGACGGAAUGACCACCCCACGACGAUUGCUCCAUGAUUCAGUAAUUGGAGCGAAUCCAGCUAUUACUAUGCGGCCAACUGGGGUGGACUAUCCUGAUUAUCUUAAUAUCGAGUCAAGCAGUACAAGUGAUUUAUUCUCUGACGAGGUUGCUACAUUUUUGAAACCCUACAACAGGCAUGCCCAAGACCAAGAACAAAUAAAUUGUGGCCAACUCUCAGAUCAUCAAUUAGACAGGUCGAAUGAGUCGUGCUUUGUGGACAUGUCUGCAUGGGAGCAUUGCAAGCAAAGCGAUGGCUUUGGCUACACUUUGAACCAACCAGCCCCUUGCAUCUUCUUGAAGCUCAAUCGAGUACACGCUGUACAUAAAAUUUGCAGAGAUUUUGACAUAUCAAUUUCAUUUCAGAUUUUUAACUGGGUACCAGAAUUUUACACCUCAACCAAAGAAUUGCCUGAAGACAUGCCCACGGAGUUAAAUGAACACAUUUCUGAACUUAUUGGCAUUCAAGGAGAGCUGAACAAAAUUUGGGUGUCCUGUGAAGGAGUGACGGAAAUUGAUAAAAGGAACUUGGGUGAAGUUAAAUAUAUUCCUGAGAAAGGCUUCCCAGGGUACUAUUAUCCCUUCGUGAAUGCUAAAGGCUAUCUGAGUCCACUGGUGGCUGUUCAGUUGGUAAAUCUUACGCGAAACGUUGAGGUCAGGAUUAAGUGCAGAGCUUGGGCCAAAAAUUUGAAUUACGACUCAAACAAAGAGGGUAUAUAUAUGAAGUUCCGCAUAUUAAUUCAUUAAAAAAUUGCAAAUUUUACUUUUGUUAUUUAAAACUACAGGUUUAUCAUGUUUGGCUGCAUUGCAGAUUGUGAUAAUAUAAUUACAUAUAUUUUAUAUGCAAUGUUACAAUAUGAUGUAAAUAAAACCAAAACAGUUUCAUC